CCCUAACCAGCUGCUUCCUCUCCUCAGGAGCGCUGCUUGAUUUUCUCUGAGACAAGCCCACCCGUCCAGCAAAAUAGAGUCCCUCAGGGUGACGGUUGAUUUCCUGAAGGUGCCUCUUGGCCUGAAGAAGCCGGUGCUGAAGGAGGUGGCAGUGGGCCCCCCCAAAAGGCCCCAGCCUGUGGCCCUGGAGCGCUACAAGGCGCGGCGUUCAGACGCCAUGGACACCGAGUCCCAGUACUCUGGCUAUUCCUACAAAUCGGGCCACUCCCGCAGCUCCCGCAAGCACAGGGACCGCCGGGACCGACACCGCUCUAAGAGCCGAGACGGGAGCCGUGGGGACAAGUCAGUGACCAUCCAGGCUCCAGGGGAGCCCCUGCUGGACAACGAGUCCACGCGAGGGGAUGAGCGGGACGACAACUGGGGGGAGACGACCACAGUAGUAACAGGCACCUCGGAGCACAGCAUCUCCCAUGAUGACCUCACACGCAUCGCCAAGGACAUGGAGGACAGUGUCCCGCUGGACUGCUCCCGGCACCUGGGUGUGGCAGCGGGGGCCACGCUGGCCCUGCUGUCUUUCCUCACGCCCCUGGCUUUCCUGCUGCUGCCCCCACUGCUGUGGCGGGAGGAGCUGGAGCCGUGCGGGACGGCCUGCGAGGGCCUUUUCAUCUCUGUGGCCUUCAAGCUGCUCAUCCUGCUGCUGGGCAGCUGGGCCCUAUUCUUCCGCCGGCCCAAGGCCUCGCUGCCCCGUGUCUUCGUGCUGCGCGCCCUGCUCAUGGUGCUCGUCUUCCUGCUUGUCGUCUCCUACUGGCUCUUCUACGGCGUGCGCAUCCUGGACGCCCGGGAGCGUAGCUACCAGGGCGUGGUGCAGUUUGCCGUGUCACUGGUGGACGCCCUGCUCUUCGUGCACUACCUGGCCGUGGUCCUGCUGGAGCUGCGCCAGCUGCAGCCUCAGUUCACACUCAAGGUGGUGCGCUCCACCGACGGGGCCAGCCGCUUCUACAACGUGGGCCAUCUCAGCAUCCAGCGCGUGGCAGUGUGGAUCCUGGAGAAGUAUUACCAUGACUUCCCUGUCUACAACCCUGCCCUCCUCAACCUGCCCAAGUCCGUCCUGGCCAAGAAAGUGUCUGGCUUCAAGGUGUAUUCCCUCGGAGAGGAAAACAGCACCAACAACUCCACGGGCCAGUCCCGGGCUGUGAUCGCGGCGGCGGCCCGGAGGCGGGACAACAGCCACAAUGAGUACUACUACGAGGAGGCCGAGCACGAGCGGAGGGUGCGCAAGCGGAGGGCCAGGCUUGUGGUGGCAGUGGAGGAGGCCUUCACUCACAUUAAGCGGCUGCAGGAAGAGGAGCAGAAGAACCCCAGGGAGGUGAUGGACCCCCGGGAGGCCGCCCAGGCCAUCUUCGCAUCCAUGGCGCGUGCCAUGCAGAAGUACCUUCGGACCACCAAGCAGCAGCCUUACCACACCAUGGAGAGCAUCCUGCAGCACCUGGAGUUCUGCAUCACGCACGACAUGACGCCCAAGGCCUUCUUGGAGCGGUACCUGGCGGCUGGGCCCACCAUCCAGUACCACAAGGAACGCUGGCUGGCCAAACAGUGGACAUUGGUGAGCGAGGAGCCGGUGACCAACGGGCUCAAGGAUGGCAUCGUUUUCCUCUUGAAACGCCAUGACUUCAGCCUGGUAGUCAGCACCAAGAAGGUCCCGUUCUUCAAACUCUCUGAGGAAUUUGUGGAUCCUAAGUCGCACAAGUUUGUCAUGAGGCUGCAGUCUGAGACCUCGGUGUGACUGUGCACCAGCGGGGGAGUGGGAGACCCGGGGGCUCCUGAGGGCGGUGCUGGGGGCUUGGCUCUCUGCCCUGCCGUGUUCCUGCCGCCUUCAUCCUCUUGCUCUUGGUUUUUUUUUUUACUUGAAUUAACUCCCCUCACACCCAACCUGUCUCCUCCCCCUUCCUUAUUUACCCCACAUGAACCUGGAGAGCCAUCCUGCUGUCAGCGGUACCUGGGACGUUCCCUCCCGCGUAUCUCACCCCCUCACUUUUGUAUCGCUCCAGGCACUGCAGGAAUCAGUGCCUCUUGCCCUCUCCUUUCCCCCGGGGACCGUCUCUUCUCCAAGGGCACAGGGCCCACCUGAGCCCCACUCUCGAACCCAGGUUCUUGCAGCAGUUCUCUCCAGGGCCCCCCAAAAGGGUUUCUCUGGGAACACAGACUGACUCCAGAGAGCACGGUGCCAAACUCCUCUUGGGCAGUGCUGCCCACGGCCUCCAGGCAGCAGGUGGACCUGCUCCUCCUGCCCGCCCACCCCACCCGCGGCAAACCUGGAGUUCAUGGGCACAGAUCCUUGUGCAUCCUCCCACACAUCCCCAGAGGGCUUCCCUGCCAGGUCAUUCACUUCUAUCUGUUAGAGCCUCUCUCCUCCAUCCACACAUAUUCAGAGCAAGGGAGGAUCCCAUCCUGUACCCUGAAAUCUCCACCUUCUGUUUCUGAGUUGUGUGGUCAUGUGUGGUCAGAGGCAAACAGGCGGGACCCCUCUGUGGCCACUUUUCCUGGGCUCUGGGGGACAGUACCUUCCAUCCAAUGGGUCUUUCCUAGGCAGCCUCUGAGGUCAGGGUGGGAGAGACCCCGUGAACAUCACUGACCCCCACCCUCUGAACCUGCCUGCACCUUUGUUUCUGGCGUGGUCGGGCGGGUCUCCCUGUUCCCAGGGAAGAACGACACGUAGACUCCUGUGCGGAAUUAGUGGCUUGCAGACCCUGGCCCCCGCCGGUGGUCUUAGAUGAACGUUUUUCUUUCCUUCACCAGCCCCCCCCCCCAGUCCUGCUGUCUCUUCUCUCAGCUCCAGAGACCUGUUGCCUCAUCUCUUCUUGGUGGGGGGGCCAGCAGCUCCUCCUCACCCCCUGCCUUAAGUCCACUUCUUUGCCUCAGGGGUCUCUUCCUUGGCCGGCCAGGGUCCCCCUUCCCCUCCCUGCCUGGUUUUCUGGGCUCUGGUCUCCCUCUGUGUUGGGGUGAGGGACCGAGAUUGCUGCCUUUGAUGGGUACUCAGCCCCUCAUCCCUUUUAGCUCCCAUAGUCUUUGCGCCCAGUCUGAAUUCUUGAGACCUUUGGUUUCAUUUUGAGGAAAAUUCGCUGGCCUUCUAAUACUUAAUUUCAAUGUAACUCUGAGCCUUUAAAUCAAACACCUUUGAAUUCUGUAGUUUUGGCCAAGGGAGAUAGAACUAAGAAGUACCUGAAUACCUCCAUCCGGAACCCAUGUGGGGGAACAUUCUGGUGGCUGGAGCAGCCCCCUGGGCCAGUCCUCAAAGUAACUCACAGUGCCCCUGACAGGCCCGUCUUUCCCCUGGAAAACUCACUGGUCUGGCCUUGCAGCAUGCACCCUGGGGUAGGAUCCGCAUUGACCUCUUACCAGGGAGGCUUCCCCUCGGUGUAGUGGCAGACCUGGGCCUUAUGGAGCCUGGUGAUUGCUUCUCCUGUUGUCCUUUCUGAAAAAGCACAUCUGUCCACACACCACUUACGGAGAAGGGCUCUUCAGCCAGUACUUGCUGUGUCCGCACCCGGGUGGGUCAGGGGGCUGACUUAGGCAGGGCCUCGAGGUCAGCUGUGGGCUGGGGCUGUGGGUUUUGGGAUAGGCCUGAGUGAAACAUGUCCUGUCCUGGGGUUCCGGAGAAGGUAUUUUUUCUUCUCUUCAAGGCCUGGUUUCAGAGGAGUCCCUUCUGGGUCACAUUUCUAAAUACCUCACUAUCCUGGAAAAUGGGGCCUGGAUGGUGAUUGGGGUCACUGCCUUUGUGGGCAAGAGUGGAAUGUGGGAUGUGUUUGAGGAACGAGUUGGGGUGGGAAAGGGAAAGUAUUUGGGAUCAUGGUUGCUGCCCUGGGUUAGGGGCGGGGGAGUGUUUAUUUUAAGAACCUGCCAUGUUUUUAAUCACUGUGAUUUUUUCAUUCCUUUUUCCUAAAACAAAAAGAAAUUUUUCCCCCCUCCUCUCUCUCGAAGCACUAAGGGCUGUGACUGAGAAUAGUUGUGUUUGGUCCUUUGCGUCAGAACUGUGGUAUCUUCGUCUUCUUUGAUUAUUGUUAUUAUUAUUUUUUUAAAUGUCAGGAUGAAUUGUCAAGUGUACGGCUGUGUUUGUCUUGUGCGUCUCCUAAAUGGGAAGUUGUCUUCAUGCUGUGAACCGCUGUGGGGCGCGCAGCUGCCUCAGUCCCUCUGAGCAGUGUCCCCCACCCGCCUGUCCCAUCACAGGCUGGAUUUUCUCAUCCUUCCCUGGUGGGGUGUGCCCACUCGCUCCCACCCCCACCGCACACACCACCAGCAGGGAUGCUGUGCCUGGGGCUCAACAGUGCUCUUUUCUGUGACCACGUGGCACCCUGGCUCACCCCCGCCACACCUCCCAGGCCUUCCCUUUCAUCGCCUCAGAAGGCUCGUCCUCCUUCCCUCCGUACCAGGACACGGUGCCUCAGUGCUCCACCUACCUCGCCACUCUGCCGCUGUCCCCACUGGUCCUUUCUCUUCAGCUGCUCUCCAUGUUCUUUGUUUCUCUUCUUGUUGAUUUCCCUUCAGUCUCUCCUUUUCCUCCCCAUCCCCUCCAUGUCAGCCCCCGCCUCUUCACCUACCCAUCCCUGCCUCAGUCCUGUUCCAAACUCGACACAAUACCUGUGAGGAGACAUUGGGAUCCCUUCUCAUCUGAAACAUCUGUUUUCCAGUUUGUGCUUCUUUCCUCUGUUGGGCCCGGAUGAGCUCCCUUGCCCCUCCAUGGUGUCUGUCAGUCUGUCUGUCUUCUCUUUCGUCUGCCCUCCACACGGGGCAGCAUCUGCUGAUGGAUUCGGUCCUGGUGUAUGAUUGUUGUGAUUUGUUCUUCCGUGCGUGAAAGGAAGGGGACUUUUUGAGUUCCUUCCAAGUGAGAUUGGAAAUGUAGAAUUUUCCAUUGUUGGAUCUAGAUUUUUUUUUCCCUUUUUUGGGUUACAGAGCUGAGACCUUGUGCAUGCAUGUAGAAAAUUGUAAAAUGUAAAUUCUUUUUUUUAAUAUAUAAAAAGCUUGUUUUUACAGUUGGCAGUGGAUCUAAACAUUAUGGCAAUUUUAGGGAUUUUUUUUUCUUAAACAUAGAAACUAAAACUGUACAAAUUUUUUUUUUAUAUAAAAUAAAAACAUUUGACUUUU